GUUUGACAUUAAAUUUGUCCUCGGUAGGUCAUGCCGUGUGCAGGUUUGCGUGGUUGCGGCAUGCGUUGUUUGCAAGCAUGUUUGAUGAAUAUAAAUGUAAAAUGUUGGUAUUCUAACGUUUUCUUUUACUUAUUUUGUGCAUGUACCAGGCUUGGUUUAUCAUACACUCGGUUUGUUGGCCUAUCGGUUGCUGGCGAUGUCAAGGAAUCCGUGAGUUCUAGGGCUUUUCUCGAUUUUAGGUUAUACAUGUAGCAUUUUAUUGAUGGAUAUUGCGACACAGAUGGAUGCUAAUUGACAACGCCUUUUUAGUUUAUUGCAGGUAGGCAAUGCGGGUGAAAGUACUGCUGACGUCAGUGGAAUUUUCGAUGAAAUUAUGCUGGGAAGGCGUUUCUUUAGUUGGGAGGAAUUUGAGAAUUCCUUAGGAGAAUUUCAACAAUUGUCCUGCACUCACUAUGUGCAUAUUCAAAGCAAAACAACAGGGGACGACAGAUAUAAGUACGCUUACGUUUAUUUUAAAUGCACUUUUGGCGUGAACCGUGGAAAAGCUGGCCUGAAAUUGCGAAACAAGUCGUCUAAAUGUUGCAACUGUCUGUCUGCAUUUCGCG